AUUCUAUAAACAAUACUCUCAGGUAGACUUUGCUGGUUACAGUAUAAUAAGCAGCCACCAACACAAUCGGAUGAUGAUUAUCGAAUUAUAUGGAAUCAUUGAUAUUACUGACCAUCCAAAAGAAGGAAAGCAAAAUGUCGGACCAAAUAACGUAGUAGACAUUUCAAUAAACAGUAUUUUUUUGCUGGUUUUCAAUCUUAGAAAUUAAUGUAUAAAUUUUAAUAUAAUUUACAAAUUUAAAUACAAUAUAUAAUUACAAAAAAAAAACAAUAACAUUUACUUACCUUAUUUAUUUUCAAGGAUAAACGUGACUCCUUGUGAAAUAAAGACACGCACGUCACUGAUCUUGCCGCCAUUAGUCAAUAACAAAACAUAAUUUUUAAUUUAUUUCCAAACCCGUUUUUACAUUGAAUAAAUGUUGAACGAUGUUGAAUCGAAAAUAGUUUUAGGCUUUAAAAAUGUUAUGGAGAAGCUAUAUUUUUAUAUGUAAAAGAAAUGAAUUGGUUUUUUUUAAAUUAUAUAAAAUAACUAAAUUGUUUUUAAAGUACUCUUGAGUCAAGUAGUACUAACUAUUACUUCACAUGGUAGACAUGUUUGAUAGCAUUUAAAAAAUGUUCGAAUAGAUCACCACCAAUAAUUGUAAUUUCUUGUCGAUAAAUAUAUUCUGCAAGAUGAUCGGCAAUGCACUCACUUCUGAGAACAGUUUUUAAAGAUUUAUUUGUUUAUAAAAACAUUUCAAACCAAUAUUUGCAUAUUCAUCGCCACUGUUCUUGUCAUUGUCACUAACCCUCUCCUACAUAAACAAAAUAACAAUAGCUGGUAAUGACAUCACUAGUCUAAAUAAAGAAAGCUGGCAAUGAUUAAUUAGUUUUCAAGGCAUGAAAAUUAUAAAUAAUGAAGAUAGAGAACAUUAAAACCAGAACUACUUUGGUUAUACAGAGUAAUAUUUCUUGUUCUAAAUCUGUGUUAGGCGGCACAUGGUCUUGUUGUGACCGAGAUUCAACCUCGUAUUGGUUACUGUUGACGUAAGCCAUUGUGCCACUUUCACGUAAAAUAACAGUAAUGCUGAAAUCAGAGGAAUAUGACCAAAAUAAUACGUUUUUGAUAGUUGAGACUUUACACAAGUGCCUCCACCUAUCAACACGGACUAUGGCAACACAUUGGUACUGCCCAGCACUGAUGUCAAGAAAUGAAAAACAUUCCUCGAGGUAGUACUUAUGACGAAUAAGAUCAAAUUCUAGAGGGUCUGAUCAUGGAUGUUUCCGGACAUUACAGCUUGUUUGGAAACGCAACUUGUCAAAGAAAACAAAUAUUGUAAAAUCACCUGACCAUAACUUCUCACUAAUAUUACAAGAAAAGUAAAAAUUUAAUGCCCCAAAAUUAAUUAUUUGUCAUUUUCAUCCCCUAAAACCUUACAGUGUUUAGUUAAGGAGAACGAUUGCAAUAGGUUAACAACGUGAAUCCACAAGUCAGUGAAGGCUACUGCAUGGGACAGUUGUUGGAGCUCUACUAAGCUGUUCUAACAACAGAGCACUUACAGAUGCGGUGAGAGGCAGUCCAAGUAUGUAUGCCCACAGUGUAACACAGACUACUGCUCUGUCCAAUGUUACCAGUCAGAGGUCCAUGCCCAGUGUUCUGAGACCUUCUAUAGGAAGUGUGUUGUGGAGCAGAUGAAAUGUGAGGAUUCGGACCCAGAGACACAUAGGAGGAUGGAAGAGAUUCUACAGCGAAACCUUCUUUACUCGGAAGAUGACUAUGUGGAUUCAGAUGACUCAGACAGCUGUGAAGAUCUGGCAGAGCGUUUGGCAGAGGUAGACUUGGACGACACAGAGACUGUUUGGGGCAUUCUCACGCAGGAUGAGAGGAGACAAUUCCAACAGUUUGUGCGUACUGGAGACUUGAAUGAUGUAAUGCCGGUUUGGAACCCUUGGUGGAGAUACAGGAAAAUAAAGAAAUUGGUGGAAGAUCUAGAAGAAAGCAUCCUGGAGACAAGCCCUGAAGCAAAGCACUAUACUCCCACUAUUAAGGAAAAUAUACACCACAUAUCUCAAAUUUGUAGAGUGGAACCUUCACCAUUAGUCAAGUACAGUGUUGCCAACCUAAUGGCAGCCUAUGCUGUCACCACUAGAGUCUAUAAUGGAGACCACCAGAGUGUACCUUUGGACGCGGCAGGUAUGCUCUGUGCCUUGUCUGGUAGCCUGCAAAAUAGUCAGAUAUUUGACAAUGAAGAAACAGCAGUCUCCUCUGUAUACAUGGUCGUCAUCAAUGGAAACUUGUUUGACAGUAUUGACAAGGAUAUGUUACGAGAAGAUGUGAGCAUGCUGAUGGAAGGACCCUCGAAAACAGAUCAUAGUAAAUACAUAUUAGCAGGACUGAGUGACAUUUCCACAACACUAACCUCAGCCAAGGGAAAGUUAAAACAUACUUUGAAACGUAAAGCUGACAACCAAAGAUUUCCAAAGAUAUUCCCGUUUCCAGACAACAGUGACUCCACCUUCCCACUACUCACAGUCCAAGACCUAAAUAGAUGUCUCAAGAAAGUUGAUUUUUACCUCUCAUGGGCAAAAACACAUGUUUAAUAAAAUAAUCAAUCUGUCUGUAAAAAAUUACCAAAAAUUUAUCACUUGGAAUAAAAAAUAUAAAAACAUGCGAGAAAAAAUUGUUGCAUUAUAUGACUUACUAACAUUUGUUAGAUGUACGUAGUUGAUUUUGGCUAAUCUUA